ACACCAGUAUCAAACAGCUGCAGGCUCCUCUGCCUCAAACUGAACCAAAUCUUAAAGCUGAACAUCAUGGAGGAAUCAGAUAUCGAUGAUCGGCUUUCUACUUUUCCAGGAAAAUGGAAAUGUUUGCUGAAAGUGUCUGAGAGUACUGAUGCAAACAUCGACAAUUUUAAGACUCUGGAGAUAAACCCGGCUGGAGCUGCACUCUCAGGUGCUCGAGAUGGAAAGAAGAGGUCAUACAGAAUAGCCACGGUAUGCCUGGGUCUGCUGUGUGCUCUUCUCCUAUCUGGACUCAUUACUCUGAUUCUCCAAUACAUCAAACAUAUCUCCGAGUCUCAAUCAGAAAGUGUCUUCUUACAUCAAAGUCACAACAUGACUGAAGAAAAAGACUGGUUACAUACCAGGUACAACAAUCUGAGUAGAGAAAGAAACCAGCUCCAGACCAGCUACAACAACCUGGCCAGAGACAGAGACCAGCUCCAGACUAGCUACAAAAACCUGGCCAGAGACAGAGACCAGCUACAGACCAGCUACAGUAACCUGGACAAAGAAAGGAAUGAGUCAGAGACCGGGUACAACAAUCUGGUCAAGGAAAGAGACCAGUUACAGACCAGCUACAACAACCUUGCCAGAGAAAGAGACCAGUUACAGACCAGCUACAGUAACCUGGACAAAGAAAGAGACCAGUUACAGACCAGCUGCAGCAACCUUGCCAAAGAAAGAGACCAGUUACAGACCAGCUACAACAACCUUGCCAGAGACAGAGACCAGUUAUGGACCAGCUACAGUAACCUGGACAAAGAAAGGAACAAAUCAGCGACUGGGUACAACAAUCUGGUCAUGGAAAGAGACCAGCUCCAGACCAGCUUCAACAACCUAGCCAGACAAAGGGAUCAGUUACAGACCAGCAACAGUAACCUGUCCAAAGAAAGAGACCAGUUACAGACCAACUACAACAAUGUGGCAAGAGAAAAGAACCAGUUACAGACCAACUACAACAAUCUGGCAACAGAAAAGAACCAGUUACAGACCAACUUCAACAAUCUGGCAACAGAAAAGAACCAGUUGCAGACCAAUUACAACAAUCUGGCAAGAGAAAAGAACCAGUUACAGACCAACUACAACAAUCUGGCAAGAGACAAGAACAAGUUGCAGACCAACUACAACAAUCUGGCAACAAAAAAGAACCAGUUACAGACCAACUACAACAAUCUGGCAAGAGACAAGAACCAGUUGCAGACCAAUUACAACAAUCUGGCAACAGAAAAGAACCAGUUACAGACCAACUACAACAACAUGGCAGCAGAAAAGAACCAGUUGCAGACCAGGAACAAUAACUUGGACGGAGAAAGGAAACAAUUACAGAACCGGUACAACAGCCUGACCUCUGAAAGAGACCAGUUACAGACCAGCUACAACAACCUUGCCAGAGACAGAGACCAGUUAUGGACCAGCUACAGUAACCUGGACAAAGAAAGGAACAAAUCAGCGACUGGGUACAACAAUCUGGUCAUGGAAAGAGACCAGCUCCAGACCAGCUUCAACAACCUAGCCAGACAAAGGGAUCAGUUACAGACCAGCAACAGUAACCUGUCCAAAGAAAGAGACCAGUUACAGAUCAACUACAACAAUGUGGCAAGAGAAAAGAACCAGUUACAGACCAACUACAACAAUGUGGCAAGAGAAAAGAACCAGUUACAGACCAACUACAACAAUCUGGCAAGAGACAAGAACCAGUUGCAGACCAAUUACAACAAUCUGGCAAGAGAAAAGAACCAGUUGCAGACCAACUACAACAAUCUGGCAACAGAAAAGAACCAGUUGCAGACCAACUACAACAAUCUGGCAACAGAAAAGAACCAGUUACAGACAAACUACAACAACAUGGCAGCAGAAAAGAACCAGUUGAAGACCAGGAACAACAACUUGGACGGAGAAAGGAAACAAUUACAGAACCGGUACAACAGCCUGACCUCAGAAAGAAACCAGUUACAGACCAGCUACAACAACCUUGCCAGAGACAGAGACCAGUUAUGGACCAGCUACAGUAACCUGGACAAAGAAAGGAACAAAUCAGCGACUGGGUACAACAAUCUGGUCAUGGAAAGAGACCAGCUCCAGACCAGCUUCAACAACCUAGCCAGACAAAGGGAUCAGUUACAGACCAGCAACAGUAACCUGUCCAAAGAAAGAGACCAGUUACAGAUCAACUACAACAAUGUGGCAAGAGAAAAGAACCAGUUACAGACCAACUACAACAAUCUGGCAACAGAAAAGAACCAGUUACAGACCAACUACAACAAUCUGGCAAGAGACAAGAACCAGUUGCAGACCAACUACAACAAUCUGGCAACAGAAAAGAACCAGUUACAGACAAACUACAACAACAUGGCAGCAGAAAAGAACCAGUUGCAGACCAGGAACAACAACUUGGACGGAGAAAGGAAACAAUUACAGAACCGGUACAACAGCCUGACCUCUGAAAGAAACCAGUUACAGAUCAAGUAUAACAACCUUGUAAGAGAAAAAGGUCAGCUUCAGCACACACUGGAUAAAGCAAAUAAAUGGAGAGCAGACCUUAACAUCAAGCUUCAAGAUGUCAAUGGAUGGCACUAUUUCAGCGGAAGUUUCUACUUUGUCAAUGUUGUGGAGAAGUCCUGGCUAGAAAGUAGAGCUGACUGUCGAGGCAGAGGUGCAGACCUGAUAGUUAUCAACAGCAGAGCUGAACAGAACUUUGCAAGAAGUUUCCAGAGGCGCUUGUGGAUCGGACUGACUGACAGACAGAGCGAAGGGACGUGGAAAUGGGUGGACGGGACUCGGUUGACCACUAGUUUCUGGGCCUCUUCAGAGCCGAAUAACUAUAAGAGAAGAGAUGAAGACUGUGUAGAAAUACAAACGUAUGAUGUGGAAAACGGCUGGAACGAUGAAUCAUGUUCCUCUCUAAAAAACUGGAUCUGUGAGAAGACCAUUGAUCUCUAUUAUUAUAGCAGUAGAGACAAGGAGGAAAAUGAGGCAACAAUUAGUAGGGAUACCAGAGGGUCAAGUAUGCCUGAACCAGUGAAAUCCGCCCUGAAGAAGGGCUCCAAGAAGGCAGCAUCCAAAGCAACCAAGAGCGGCAGGAAGAGGAGGGCCAGGAGAAAGGAGAGCUACGUCAUCUACGUCUACAAGGUGCUCAAGCAAGUGCACCCCGACACCGGCAUCUCCCCCAAGGCUACAGGCAUCAUGAACUCCUUUGUCAGUGAUAUCUUUGAGCACAUCGCCGGGGAGGCCUCUCGUCUGGCUCACUAUAAUAAGCGCUCCAUCAUCACCUCUGGGGAGAUCCAGACCACCGUCCACCUGCUGCUGCCUGGAGAGCUGGCCAAGCACGCCGUGUCUGAGGGCACCAAGGCCGUCAUCAAGUACACCAGCUCCAAAUCAGAAACCAGUAUCCCUGUCUACAUCACCAUCUCCAGUCAGUCUGAAAAUAUGGCGACAUUUGUCUCUGAAGAGCCACUGGAGAUCUCUGUGGAUUAUAUAAAUGUACCUGAUCCAUCAGCCAGGAGGACGAACGUGAAGAGCUGUUCAAGAGAGCGUGGUGGAGCGACUGCUGCCAUGUCUGGGAGAAAACUCCUCAGACUGCUGGCUGUGAGCUUUGGACUCUUGUGUUUCCUACAAGCUGCUCUCAACAUUUCACUGCGCCUCGUUCACUUUGAAUCACUUUCUAGCUGUAAGACAUCGGCUCAGGAGGAGAACUGCAAAAACAAGACAAAGGCAAAUCUGAAGAACUUUGAGGAUUAUUUCCAACAAGGAUGGGUGUACUUCCAUCCCAGCCUCUAUUUUAUUUCUAUCAUCAGGAAAUCAUGGCAUGAAAGUAGAAAUUACUGUUUGGAGCGAGGUGCAGAUCUGAUGAUCAUCAACAACCAAAAAGAACAGGACUUCACCAGAAGAUUUGUGGGCUAUACGUGGAUCGGACUGAAAAGGAUAGAAAACAAAGAGGAAUGGAGAUGGGUGGAUGGCACUCCUCUCACUAAAAGUUACUGGAUUCCUGGGGAGCCCAACAAUAAUGGUGGUAAAGAAGAUUGUGUACACAUAAAGUUCCAUGGGAGAGAGAAAAGCUGGAACGACAUUUCAUGUGAUGUUAAAAACUUCUGGAUCUGUGAGAAGAUGGUGGUUUGUUGAAGUAAUAAAGCAGUGAGCCAAGAUAACAAAUAUUAUAGUGUCAGUGAUGAAAUAUGGUGAAGCUGAAAACUUCCUUCUUAACCCUCUGGAGUCUAAAGUCCUUUAGUAAAAACAUUUGCGCUGCUAAAGUCUACAGCAGUGAUAAUCAACUGGAGGCCCAGGGUCACAAUCUGGCCCCACACAGCUUCCCAUCUGGCCCUCAGAGGAUUAUUUAAUUCAGAAAAUUUGAGAGACCAAAAAUAUGGCAUGCCACUGUUUAAAGUGGGGGUAUUAUGCCUUUUUUCAAGGCUUUCCACCAUCUCUCUGAUACCCACAUAGUAGCUUUACAUGGUUUACAACUCAAAAAACUCCUCAUGUUUCUCACACUAGUGUCCUGAAAACCCCUUAUUUUAAUCUUCGUCUGAAACGUUUCGUUUUCACUGCUGUCUCUUUAAUCCCCCACUC